AUGGUAGGAAUCUAUGGCCUUGGUGGAGUUGGUAAAACAACAGUUGCAGAAGAUAUUUAUAAUAGGCUUUUUAAUAUUUUUGAUGGAAGCAGCUUUCUAGAGAAAAUCAGCAAGAAUUCAAAGACAAAUGGAGGUGUAAUCCAACUGCAAGAGACACUUCUUUUUGAAAUCUUAGGGGAUAGGAAUUUGAAAGUGAGUAGCAUAUUGAGAGGGAUCAACAUGAUAAAUGAAAGUCUUUGUUGCAAAAGCGUUCUUAUAAUUCUUGAUGGUGUGGAUGAAUUAGAUCAGAUAGAAAGUUUGCUUGGAAAAUGUGAUGGGUUUGCUUCGGGAAGUAGAAUUAUUAUAACGGCAAGAGAUAAGCACUUGGUAGAUCCUCUUGGAAAUGGACAUUCAACCUAUGAGGUUAAGGGAUUAAAUGAACAAGAAGCUAUUGAACUUUUCAAUCAACAUGCUUUCAAGAGAAACAAACCCAAGGAAGAUUGUUGGGAACUUGCAAACCAAGUAAUACGCUAUGCAAAAGGUCUUCCAUUAGCUCUAACAAUAAUGGGUGUUGAUUUUUAUGGAAGAACAAAAGCUGAAUGGAAAAGUGCAUUACAUAAGUAUGAAAAAUUUCCUAGUAGAGGUAUUCAGAAAAUACUGAAAAUAAGUUAUGAAGAAUUAGAUGAAACUGAAUUGGAUAUUUUUCUUGAUAUUGCGUGUUUCUUCAAUGGACAUUACAUGGAUUAUGUUGUGGAUAUACUAGAAACUUAUGAUUUAUACCUGAUAUCUAGUAUUCCAAAAAUUAUAGACAAGUGUCUUGUGACUGUUGAUCAAUAUAAUAAAUUGUCAAUGCAUGACUUGCUACAACAAAUGGGUAGGGAAAUUGUUUGA